AUGGACUUGUUACGCACUCUGCUAGACCCCGAUGCAUGGGGAGUCACCCAGCCGAGUGAUGCAACCCCGAUCCUUCCCUCACUGCGGGCAUCCACCUACACUGCUCGCACUGCCGACGGACUCGGCCAGCUCUACGGUUUGGAAACGGCUCAAAUCGAGAUAUCACCUCCCAAGCAAUCGCCUGAAGCUUUCCGCGCUAUCAUCAAGGACGCUCGGCGUGACCAUCCCAUCCUACGACUACCUCGAUCAUGCGACACGCAAGCUGAUUGCAAUGUCGCUGUAGUUGAAGAGGAUGAAAGGGUCGGAGUGUACUCCGGGAGCGCUCAGACGGUUGAUGCAGCCAUUGGAUCAUGGAAACUCAGACCGCGAGGCUCUACACCACUAGCGAUGAGGCGCGUCGAGAACGGGAGAAGCGACUCGUUUGAGAUACGCCCGAGGACAUCUGUGAAGUGCGCGAACCCUGCGCAAGGAUCUCGACUUGUCCUCUGCCUCCACGAGAUGCCUUCACCAUCGAUAUACUGCAAGUCUUCCCCGAUGCUUCCCGUGCCAUACACGCCAACAUACCAGCCCACCACUCCCGAAUGGCACACCUACGUUCAGUCGGGUCCUGCACCCGCGUCCCGUCCGUUGCCAGAGCAUUGGGACGUUGCUGUCAAUGACACCGAUGCGGGCUCCGUGGCAUCUAACGCGCUGCGUGUAGGAUAUGGUCUAUUCUCGGCGAUUCCAUCCCCGAACGCUCACGAAGGAUCCGACCAAGGUCGGACUGCGCAGUAUGCAGCUGUGUAUAUACCAUAUCACGAUAGCCCCUCCUUCCUCCGACCUCAGUCCUUCAUCCAGACUCCGGAACAACGGAGCCUGACUCAAUAUUCUCGGCCAGCUUCGCCGAACUUCUCGCCAUCGUUCGGCCAUUCACCGGGUUUCUACAGUACUAUCGUCAAUUCUGUCCGGCGCGAAGAUCCUGUUUUCGAUGUUACUUUCCUGAAUCAUGGUCGCAUGUCUUCUCCGUAUGGGGAUCUUGUCUACAACUACAGUACUGCUUUCCUGCAGCAAGACGAUACCGCCCAUCGGAGCCUUCUAGGUGAAUUCAGUCAGCCGGAGAAGGCUUCUGCGCAAACGGAAGGAGACAACUGGCACCGCACUGAGUUGGAUAGACAGAUGGAGUAUAUUCUUCGUCAAUCAUCUUGA